AUGUUCAAGGAGACAGGAGUGGUUGGAGGCAGGCACGACGGCAGCAUGACAAGUCCAAGGAGACGGGAGUGGUUGGAGGCAGGCGUCAACGGCAGCACGACAAGUUCAAGGAGAAGGGAGUGGUUGGAGGCAGGCAUCAACGGCAGCACGACAAGUUCAAGGAGACGGGAGUGGUUGGAGACGGGAGUGGUUGGAGGCAGGCGUCAACGGCAGCACGGCAAGUUCAAGGAGACGGGAGUGGUUGGAGGCAGGCAUCAACGGCAGCACGGCAAGUUCAAGGAGACGGGAGUGGUUGGAGACGGGAGUGGUUGGAGGCAGGCGUCAACGGCAGCACGGCAAGUUCAAGGAGACGGGAGUGGUUGGAGGCAGGCAUCAAUGGCAGCACGGCAAGUUCAAGGAGACGGGAGUGGUUGGAGGCAGGCAUCAAUGGCAGCACAGCAAGUUCAAGGAGACAGGAGUGGUUGGAGGCAGGCAUCAACGGCAGCACGGCAAGUUCAAGGAGACGGGAGUGGUUGGAGGCAGGCGUCAACGGCAGCACGGCAAGUUCAAGGAGACGGGAGUGGUUGGAGGCAGGCAUCAACGGCAGCACGGCAAGUUCAAGGAGACGGGAGUGGUUGGAGGCAGGCAUCAAUGGCAGCACGGCAAGUUCAAGGAGACGGGAGUGGUUGGAGGCAGGCAUCAACGGCAGCACGGCAAGUUCAAGGAGACGGGAGUGGUUGGAGGCAGGCGUCAACGGCAGCACGACAAGUUCAAGGAGACGGGAGUGGUUGGAGGCAUCGGCAGCACGACAAGUUCAAGGAGACGGGAGUGGUUGGAGGCAUCGGCAGCACGACAAGUUCAAGGAGACGACGGGAGUGGUUGGAGGCUGCAGGCAUCGGCGGCACAACAAGUUCAAGGAGACGACGGGAGUGGUUGGAGGCUGCAGGCAUCGGCGGCACAACAAGUUCAAGGAGACGACGGGAGUGGAGGUUGGCAGGACAUGAGACAGUCGACAACGACAAGACUUAA